CGUUGGUUCGACAUGUUUAGGGCAACAGAAAUGUGGAACAAACCGUAGAAUGAGGUGGACAUGUGAUUCAAGACCUCAUACUACUAAGAGAGGAAUGUUCAGCUUGCAAGAAAAGAACAAAAUUCAGCUCCAGGCUCUUCUUGGAAAUAGGUGGCCAGACAGGACAAGUGGCACUGGCAAUAAGAUAAAAAACCAGUUGAAGAAGAGACUAACCAAAAUAAGUCCUAAUUUGGUGACUAAUAAGCCAUAUACCAACAAUGGUGGCUCCAUUCGUUCUAAAUCUGCCGUCAACCUUAGCCACAUGGCUCAAUAGGAGAGUACUUGGCUCGAAGCUGAAGCUCGGCUUGUCCAUGAGUCCAAACUCUUGACAUCCAACCCUUUCAAUCUUCACCAGCUCAAUAAAGCCACGGCUCAGUCACCGUCGCCGACAAUCCUACUGCCGUGUCAAGACUGUUUCGCGCGGGUUAGUCGCUAACAAUUAAAAGGGAUCAGAC